AGCUUUAACAACUGUGACAGUGGAAAUGGGGUAAGAGAAAGAGGGAAACAGACCGGGAUAGAGAGAAGAGAAGUAAACUAAAAGAAAAGACAGAUAUAGUUAUUCCCACUGUCUAACAAAUUAAUAGAAAUAGAUGCCACUAAGAGUGAGAGAGUAAAAGAAAGGAAAGCAAAAGAUCAGAAAGUAUACCAACUAAGAGUCAGUCCUCUCGGAGUGAGGACUGAGCGCUUGUUUCUGGAAUUGAGUGGACCCAUUACUUGGAAGACUCGACAUCAACCACCACAGCUACCAUGUACAGUGGAUAUGGAGGGAGUCCGACCCGAACUCUCUCCACCAUGUCGCUGUCCGUUCGCCCAGUCAGACGCCUCACCUCCAGAUCCAUCACUAGGAGCCAGAGUUUUACCGGAGUCAACACCUACGAUAAGCCCUACAGGAACCUCUCGGUGUUCAGCACUCCAGGUCUCAGCAGGAAGCCCAGCAGAGCCAGCAGGAUGUUCACUAUGUCUACUAAGUCCAACCCGCCACCUAAAGUUCCUCAACCAGAGCGACUGGAUCAGGUCUAUGAGGCCUUGAAGAAAGGCCUUCAGUCUUACCUGCAGGUUCAUCAGAUGGACUUGGACAGCCUCAGCAGACAGAUGAAAGAAUCAAAGAGGAACUCCAGACUGGGUUUCCUGUAUGAACUAGACAAGCAAGUGAAGGUGACUGAGAGGUAUAUAAGACGACUGGAGUUUCACCUCAGCAAGAUUGAGGAGCUAUAUGAAGCCUACUGCCUGCAAAGGAGACUCAGGGAUGGAGCCAACAAGAUGGUGAAGGCGUACACUGCCUCUCCAGGCAGUAAGGAAGCUAGGGAGAGUUUAACAGAAGCCAAUAAAGGAUACAAAGAGUACACAGAGAACAUGUGUAUGUUGGAGAGUGAGUUGGAGAACCAGCUGGGGGAGUUUCACAUUAAGAUGAAAGGUCUGGCUGGAUUUGCUAGAUUGUGUGCUGGUGACCAGUAUGAGAUCUUCAUGAAGUACGGUCGGCAGCGGUGGAAGCUCCGAGGCAGAAUAGAGAUCAAUGCCAAACAGGUGUGGGACAGUGAAGAGAUGGUGUUUCUUCCACUCAUAAACGAGUUCCUCUCUGUGAAGGUGACAGAGCUGAAGAGCUUAGCCAAUCACGUAAUUGUAGGAAGUGUUUCCUGUGAGACUAAGGACCUGUUUGCUGCACUGCCCCAGACGGUUGCAGUGGAUAUUAAUGACCUUGGGACUAUUAAGCUAAGCCUCGAAGUCACCUGGAAUCCAUUUGAUAAAGAUGACCAGGGGUCAGUGGCAAGCACUGUCAACAAAGCCCCAACUGUCAGUAAGAGAUUCUCAACAAUCUUCAACCAGAGUCCACCUGACACGCCGUCUUUACGUGAACAAGCCUUCUAUAACAUGCUCCGUCGUCAUGAAGAGCUAGAGAAUGGAACAGCUUGGUCUAAUUCAUCUGAAUCUUCUGAUGACUCCUCUAGUCCUCAGCUAUCUGUAGGAGGGCUACGCAACUCUACACAUCAUAAGGCAGUGGUGGUGACACCGGAGAUUCAGCAAGCUGUAACAGGAAGUUCCUCCCCGCAGCCUGACAUCUCAUUUUGCCUCAGUGAUUCCUCCUCCCCAACUCCAAACUCCACCCACAAAGCCAGCUCCGUCACUGAGGUUACCAGCAUACCCAAACAUCAAGUAGAGAGCAACAGGAAAGAGGAGAAGGGGACAGUCACUGCGAUGACAAAACCUGACACUGUGGUGGAGGACAAAGGGAAACAGUCUCCCAUAGCAACGGUGGAUGCGGCGGUAGCUGACAGCAACACCUCACGCAGCUACUCGCGCUCUCUCAGCCACAUUAGUGAAAGCAGCGCUGAUGGUAUUGUGUUGACGGACAAGUCAGCCGGCGAAUCAGGGGAGGUGAUGUCUUUGGCCUCCGGGAUCUCAAUGAAUGACAUUGAAAUGGACAUGCCCGGCAGAACGCCUGAGCGUUCCCACAAAUCUGCUGCCACAGACAGUGACGUGUCACCAAGGAGGCUCGGUGUCGGCGAAGAAAACACAACAGCUGAUGAUGUCACAGAUCAACAUCUAAUCAGGAUGCAACAGGAUGCAUCCAGCUCUGUCCUCACGUCCUCCUGGCCUAGGACUGAGGGGAUGAACUCUAACACUCCAUCACAAAUGAACACACUACCUGAGAGCGGGGAUGUGACAUAUGUAGCCCGGCGGGUGCCGGUGGAGGAGGAGAUGCCAGGUGCGGGUGCAAAUUUUCUUUCCAGAGAGGGUGAUGGUCCAGUGGACUGCGGGCUGGAGGAUGCCCUGGGAGUUGUAGUUUCCUCUCUUGAUGAUUACAGAGGACAGUUUCCGGAGUUACAACUACUGGAACAAGAGCUGAAGCUGCUACAGGUUACACUGAAGGGCGGUAGGCACAGCCGUUCGCCCAGCGUGGUCAGCCUCACUGUGGAAACAGCUCUUGGCAGCUUUGAUUUCCUCAACACGUCUGACUGGGAGGAGGAUGAGGAGGAAAAGGGCGACAGGAGGAAUAGAAAUGGCAGGCCUCUGCAGGACAGAGGCUGGGACAGCCCCUCCUCUCCCACCUCCCCCCUCACCACAGGCUGCACCACUCUAGACUGCUCCCUGGUGGUCCACCUGAAGAACUGCAGUGCGCUGUUGUUGCAUCUGGGUAUGUUUGGACCGCUGCGGUGUGGAGAGAUGUAUGCCUUAGACAGACUGCUGAGAGAAGCCCGGGUCUUCGAAAUCAUACGACGCAUCACAAAGGACAAUCCAAGACGCCACACACAGCCUGCUGAAGUGAUACCUCAACUGGGCCUGUGCCUGGGUGCUGUGUCACUAUGGCAACAGUGUGUGGGGAAGGGCAGCGUAUACAGCGUCUCUGCGGAGAGCUUCUUGCUUACGCUGUCCACAGCCUACUCCAGCAUACUGCCCGAGAGGGCCAGCGGCAUGGCCGACACAGUAUUCCUGUGUCUGGUUGAGCGAGUGCUGGAUCAGAGGUUACCGCGGCGGGGCAGCAAAGACAGAGUGAUGGUGACACUGUUCCAGCUGUGGAGUUACUUAGAGGCCAAUGGCAUCACUGACAUGGAAAUACACAUCACUGAGCUGGCAGAAGAGGUGUUGUUGGUACAAAGGCUGGCGUCAUGUGACCAGGAUGUGAUCGUCCACACUCUGCGGCGUCCUGCAGAGUGCAGCCUGAAGAGAGAAGGACUUCACGCUGUGGCAAAAUUACUGAAAGACCCACGAGGCAAAGUGUCAGCCUCUGCCAGCUCUGUACUGAGAAGCCUUGCUGCCCAGCCCAGACAGAGAGAGCAAGCUUUGGUCAGCUGUCUGGAGCUGCUGGAAGAUGGGAAUGUGGACACCAGAGUCUGUGGAUGCAAGGCCUUAGCUUGUCUCAAGGCUAAAGAAAGUAUCGACCAGUUAGUGUAUCUUUGUCGGACAGACAGGGAGGAAGUCCGAGAUGCUGCCAAACAAGCGCUGCUAGUGCUCGGUAAUAAUGACCAUCAUAAGACCAUCGGGCUUUACAAAGUGCUUAACAAACAGAGUAAAAGGAAUGUAGGCACUGUAAUAAUAAACAACAAAUGCGAAUGUUAGUUGGAUGAAUAGAAGCUGCUGUUUUGAUGACUGCAGACUUUCUGAAUUGUAGUGUGAACGUUAUGGUUUCAAAAGUUCAUCAGUAAACUUUGGGGCUUUGCCGUUUCAUACCUGUUAGGUAAUGGAAAGAAUUUUCAAGUCAGUUCUAAAACAAACUGGGAGCCAAUGUAAUGAAGCUUAAUUUUAAAUAAUAAAGGCUGUAAACAAGCUGGAUUCUAAAUAAAGACUGAAGUAACUAGGUAUGCUUGAUUUAUAAAGCUGUCUGACCCAAAUAUCAGUAUUAAUGUCAGUGAGUAUAAUGUUCUCAUAACUGGUAGUAAUGAUGACCACAACUAUGCAAUAAGACCCAUGUUGAGAAAUAAUUAUCAUUAAAUAACUUGUUAUCUAAUAAUGUUCCCAAACAUAAUGCACCUGCUGCUUCUUACGUUUAUAUAUCCUGUAACUAUGGUGACUAAA